AUAUGGUAGUGUGACAGCUACAUAACGAUACACACGUCACACCAAGUUCGACUGAUAAAACGUUUUGUUUUCCUUACAGAAGAUGCUCACGCUGAAGCCUGUACUGUUGGUGAUGCUGAUCCCAGCAUUGGUGCUGGCCCAGGACGAGGCUAGCAAAGGCAAUGAGAUUUUCAAUGAACUGGACACAGACGCCAGUGGUGACCUCAGCGUUCUGGAGUUACAGGCUGCGUUUGACAAAUAUGACUUUGAUGUAAAUGGCAAUGUUACCUGGGAAGAGUACUUGAACUACAUCGUGAGUCAGGACCCGAAACUUGAGUACAGCCUCAGGUAUUUGUUCGACGUCUACGAUUUCAACGGUGACUGGAUUCUGAAUCUGGAUGACUAUAAGCAUUUGCACGCCGCCAUUGACGUAAACCGAGAUGGGCAGGACAACAGACAAGAAUUUAUCACAUGGAGUAAAGACCUUUUCACAGCUGCCGACGCCCUGCCCAAGAGUGUUUAGUGUAAAAAAU